UUGAACUUAUUUAUAUACACUUUACACGUGCCAUCUUUUUAUUUUCUGAAUUUUACACCUGCAGACUUCCGAGAACUGCGAUAUUUCUGACCACACCAAGAUAUCGCUUUCGGACCGAAGAAAUAUAAUCGAAUAUUUGGAAUGGAAAGCCAGUUCACUAAGGAAAAUGUCAUCGAUGCACUUGAUAAAUUGAGCAAGGGUAGCGACCGUUCAGCCGACAGAUUCUUGCGUUCCUUUCAGAAUUCAGUGACAGCUUGGGAUGUUGCCGAGGAAAUUCUGUCCGACUUCUCUCAUCAGCCCAUGCACAUCCAAACCUUUGCUGCCAUCAGUUUGUCCAAGAAGAUACAAUAUGAUAUUUGUUUGCUGACAAUGUACGAUUCAGAUGUUUUAAGAGGAAGACUGGUCAAUCACCUUCUAAAUGCCGCCAAGAUUCCGGGAUCCAAUACUCUGAUUGUGCAGUUGGCCAAGUGCCUUUCAAUUUUGGUCCUGAUGAAUCCACACUGGUUGGAAGAACUGGGCGCCUUUGUGCAGCUAAUGUCUGGGGAACCCGAUUACAUAAUGGCUCUCUUAGAGGUCCUGAGGGUCCUGCCAGAAGAAGCCAACGCACCCAAUUUUCGCCCAGCAGAAGUGGUUUUGGAGCAUCUCCGUCGUACUUCAUCCUACAUUUUAAAAGUGGUGGAAGAGAUUCACGAGCGGAUGGAGCGCUCAAAAGGCUUCGCGAACAAAUGCUUAGCUGUCUGCGGAUCCUGGACAAGUAAUGGGUUCUUAUCACCCGACCGAGUGCUGGACUCUUUCCUUUUCCCUUGGUCAUUCGCUGUACUAAGUACCCCGAUAGCUGAAGGACACUUUGAGUCGGCGGAGUUGAUGGUCGCCCUGCUGGAGCAAUGCCUGGUCCACAAAAACCCGGACAAAUUAUUGUUUACGAUGCUCAUCUCCCUGAAACCGGCAUUCGAAAGAUCCAUGGGCGAUAGCGAGAAGUUGCAAAACUAUUGCCACAUCUUUGUGAAUCUGUUCGAAACGCAUUAUUUGCUAACAAAAAGGGAUGCCUUAAAGAUCCAGGAGCGAUUGGAAAUUAUCGAGUUAUUGUUGCUCAUAGCAACACAUUGCCCGAUUCUGGUAAUCGAAACCUCAAUGCGCACUUGGUGUCUAUUCUCAGCCGAUUUGUUCGACCAGUCCAAUUCGGAAUUGAAUACUUUAUACCGACCCUACUUCGUGCAACUCAUAAAGAUUCUCUUCUCCCGAGCUAGAAUACAAGCAAAUAAUGAAGGCAAAAUACUACCAAGUCCAAUGAAUCGUUUCCGAAGUCUCUUGGCCGAACUUCUGGCUGAUGUGGCCCACUUAAUUGAGCACGAAACCAUUCGGGAGUUGAACGCUAUUGCCACAAAUGAGCAGAGCCACUGGUCAGAUGUGGAAAUGGCCAUUUUCUUCUUGAAGCAUCUAAAGAAUCUUGAAAACUUGUAAAAUUUCGACUUGAAAGAGUCAAUAAAUCUACUUCACAAAAUCACCAUCAUCAGAGUAAAAUUUCCAAAUACUCUAUAUGAAAACGGAAAAAGUGGUCUAUAUACCAAUUUCGGCAUCCAGCAUUAAAGUUGUAUAUACAUUUUAAUAUAGGGAUUUUAGUGAAGAUUUAAAAAUUUAUUCCCUAUUAAAGAAAAGAACGAGUUUGAGGCUA